UAACGGAACGUUGUUUUCAUGAUGGCAGGUGUGUCAUUCAUAUGUUUUGGUUUUUUACAUAAAUAGUACGUUAUAAAAAUAUCAAAUGUUUAUUAAUCUUUAUAACAAAAAAAAUAGUAAAUACAACAGUGACCGUGUGACUGUGUGAUGUGUAUGUGACGCAGUUGCUGCAGUGGAGUGUGUUGCGCAGAAUAUGAUAGAUGGUAGUGGAGGGACGCGGGUGUUGUAAAAUGCCUUGCGAAAGCUGCGCCGUGCAGUUCAGCAUGUUCAAGCGUAAGCGAGCAUGCAGCGAGUGCGAGAGGUUCUACUGCAGCAGCUGCUUGCGGCGAGGCGGCGGCGCCAUGUGCGCGCCCUGCCGGGUGCUGUCCACCCGUCCGCUCACCAAACAGGCUAUAUCCCAUUUGAAAGUGCGCGACGUACAGUGCUUCUUACAACGACAGAAUGUCUCCACCAGGGGCUGCGUUGAAAAGGAGGAGUUGCUGAACUUGUGUGUGUCACACGUGAACAGCACUGCAUACAGACGCCGGGGCUCGCGCACCGGUCCCAGCCCCUUCAGCUCACUGAAAGGAUUUACAAGCAACAUCAAUGACUUCAUCAACUCAGCAUUUGACAUCCGCAACAACCAGCAGCCAGCAGCACAGCCCGCCACUAGAGGAUGUGCCAGCAAUUGCUUCAACUCUGCUCAUGUGCACAAUAACAUAACUGGUGAAGUUCCUUCCAACCGCCAGAGGCCACAAGGAGAACGAUUUACAACUACACCAGGUGGAGAGCCCGACAUUUGUGUACCCGUGCCAGAGUCGUCAGUGUCCCGCAGCGUGUCCGCGGAGAGCGCGCGCGUCGACACCGCCGACUGCUUUGAAAUCGAAGACCUGGACGACACUGGCUGGGAGUUUGUCAACCGACCUGCCGAUCCCUUGCCGAACGACUCGGAGGUGUUGCUGAGUACGUCGGCCAGCUUCCAGCGGCGUGCUAGUGCUGGGGAGCGGGAACCGGAGCGGCCCGGGGAACGGGCAACUGCGCGGAAGACGGAACGACCAACCGAACAAAGGGCGGAGCGAAGCACAGAGCGACCAGCUGCCCACCGAGCGGAGCCCGAGGAGCGAGAGGUGGAGCGCGCCGCGUCCGAGCUGGAGCUGCGGCCGCCCGCGGCGCGCGCGCACGACUCCGUCAGUCUGCACGACGCGCCGCUACUCGACCGGGACUCGCACAGCGGCCACGGUACACCUAAACAUAUAAGUUUAGAACAAUUCAAGCGGCCGUCGGAUCUAGACGUGCUGAACGUGAAGCAGCUGAAGGAACUGCUGGUGCGCAAUCGCGUGGAGUACAGGGGCUGCCUCGAGAGGAAGGACCUGCUGGAGCGCGCCAAGACCCUGUGGAGGAACCACGCACAGUACUGCGACGACGUGGACAAGCUGCCGGCGGAGGAGUGCUGCAAGAUCUGCAUGGCGGCGCCGCUGGAGUGCGUGCUGCUGGAGUGCGGGCACAUCGCGGCCUGCACCAGCUGCGCCAAGCAGCUCGCCGAGUGCCCCAUCUGCCGCCAGUACGUCGUGCGCGCCGUGCGCUUCUUCCGCUCCUGAGCCCUCGUUGUCGCGUUGCUUGAUGUCGGAUAUAGAAUAGAGACGUUACAAUUAUCCUUCCAUGAAACCAUAAUACGUUAUCACGUAACUAAAAUUGCCAUGGUCGUGAUUUGCAUGAAUAAGAGAUCUCCACAAUAUGCUUGCUGUUUAUAUUCCCGACGACACGUAGGUUUAGGAUCCACAUAGCGAUGGCGUAGAACAGUAAAUGGUGCUUUGUUGCAAACCAAUACUAGCGCUGACUACUAUUGGAGCGAGAGUUUCGCUGCAGUAGAGAAACUGUUGUAGUUUGUACGAUGAUAUGUAAUGGUCUGCCGUGCCCGAGUAACUCGGGCGCCGACCAUCAAACAAACAUAGUCGUGUUGCACGGUGCGCCGCACGUCGCACGCUAUGCCAAAAGUACAGAACUGAACUUGUAAAUAUUGUAACUGUUAAUAUUUUUACCAGUUUUCUACAAAUGUAAACUGUUGUUAUGUAUAUUAAAAUUGUCGCUCUGGCCGUUGUAGCUGCAACACAAUCGAUCGUGUUUUGAUAUGUACCGUGAUUUACUAUUUAUGAAGUAACUCAAUGAACUAUAUUAUCAAUGUAAAGUUCCGAACGUAGUGCAGUAUGGUGUAGUCAUGAAACGCAUACUGUGCACUCGAUCCUCACGAUAUAUUGAUAGAUGAAAGUCUAAAUGUAUUCAUAGUUUCAUAGUCCACAUUUGCGAACAUAUUACAUUAUGUUAUUGUAUUUGUUAUAGUAGUACAUCGCAACUUAACGAACUAACAGGGCAGACUGUUCAGACAAUAAGUCAAAGUCACUACUGAAGAUAUUUAUCAUUUAUUGAGCGUUCGCAGCUGUAGUUAGGUGUAAAAAAUUGUAAAAUUGGUUAGAAUUAGCUCAAAAUUGUUUAUACAAAACUCGGCUAUAGUUGGCAUGUAAAUAGUCAAUUUACAUGUUGUGAGCCGACUGUUGGAUUGGCUCGAUUGUGUUACGCAGUCACAUCUCAUAUUGUAUCUUACAACAGAUAAUUUACAAUCACGUUCUGGCCAGCUAAAUUCCAUCAUAAUCUGGCCAUUCCAUCGAUCAACUCACAACAUGCAGGCUCGACCGUCUCUCCCAUCUGUGACCUCGUGUCGUGUAAACAAAUCUGAUCUUCUGCCGGAGGUCCCUGCUAACUAUAGUGGCGUACUGUUUAGUUUUAUUUAUUAUUAUAUUGUUAUUAGUGAGAUAGGAAACGCGGGCUGUGUAAUGCUUCGAGUGAUUCCUGCGGUGAGCCGCACGUUCGUGAUCCAGUGUCGAACAAUGUCACAAGCAUUAUGUUGUAUUAUGUCCAUAUUCGUAUACUAUGUCGGACGAUAUUGUUCACACGACCUCGUGGUCCAAAUCAUUAUUCGUAUUCAAUAUUUUAUUCAAGUAAUUGUUUGUUUUUAUAAUUUAAUAUUAAAAAAAAUAUAUAUUGCCUAAAAGGUUUAGUGACAUGCUGGAUCCGACUCCGGACUCGGUAAUGGUGUAACUGUAUGACUGAGGUCCAUGAAAUAUUGUUUAUGUUUCGUUGUAUUAUUUAAGUACAUGUACUAUAAUCAGCGCCAUGUAUCUUUGGAACGUUCCCCUACUUGAAUGACAUACUCGUGGUCGAUAUAUUUACACCUCGUCUAGUGACGUGUAUAUACACGUCGCCAAUAAUUAUGUGGAACGAUGAUAUGUAUGCUGGCACUCGUGUGGGUGCCUGCUAUAUGAGAUAUCGAGUCUCCAGCUUCAGUUAUGUGUAUAUAUAAUAUACGACGUACCGGUAUAUAUACUUUAGUUUUAGCCCACUAACUACGACGAGAGUCUUCAUUCGUAUGGUACAACACGUGUCUCGCAUAAAUUCCUUACAAACAUGAAACUCCCUAAAUGUGUAUAUCUCAAGUUCAGGUAAAAUAGCACCAGUCGUGAGUGGUGUCACCUGUCGCAUAUUAAAUUAACUGCAGUGGACACCCGCUCACAUAUAUUGUCCUUAUUCUAAUACAGAACACAAGCUACAAUCUGGAGUCGACUAUUAGCCAAAUUCUCGUUAGCUUUUCUCAUUUCCAUUUUCUCAAAAGUGAGAGACUUUUAUCAAAUUUUCUUACAAAUAGCAGCUGUUAAUUAUCGCACGUCUUAUUGCGCUUAAAUAUUAAACGAGUAGGUAUUAACUUCCUACCUAUAUCUACUUUAAUAAAUUGAUGUUUCUGGUUGUGACUUGGUAAAUUAAAAAAUAACGUAAUUAAUUACAGGGUAUAGGAAAUAGCUGAGAACUGUCGUCUUUGUGUAAAUAGGUUUCUUGAUUACUGUAUUUAGGUAACUACAAACAACGCGUUAUAUUAAUUUCAACGCAAUCGUGUAUAGUUUGUAAAUUCAAUCUCACCUUUUGCUUAUUUCUUCUAAUACAUAAGGAUGUCCAACACAUGCCACGACGCGACAGCAAGCGAUGUGUUCUGUUUAAUUAAACGUCUCUUGUAACAACAACAUAUUUCCCUAGAGAUAUACUGUGUAGUGGCAGGUCUUGUAUCAUACGAUGAAACUUUCUGGAAAUACUAUAAACGAAGUUCCGUGUAAAUAUGAAUAUUUUCAAUAAAAUUGUAACACAAUAGAUAAGUUGAAUACACGGUAAAGCCUU